AUGCUGUCACGCUCCACCAGGGCAAUCGCACGAGCGACCCCGCGCACCCGCACCUUCGCUCGCCCCUCGACCCCCGUCGUCGCCGCCGCCUCCUCAUCUCCCCACCUCGGACUCGCACCCUCGCCACGCCGCCACUACGCCCGCCCGCCCUCGUUCACCACCCCGCAAGAACCCGCACCCGCACCCCUCCCCGAACCAGGCCAAGAACCCGACCCAGCCGUGCCCCUCGCCCCGCUCCCGCCGACCAACCUCCCCGUCGAGGACUAUGCCUCGCCCCUCGUCCACACGGCCUCGUUCUUCGGCCAGCUGUUCCGCUACGCCGUGUACGGCUCGGUCGCCAUCGUCGCAUCCGCCGCCACCGCCCUCGUCGCCGUCCACCUCUACGUCGAGCACGUCGCCCUCGCCCCCUCGCUCAACCUCGACGACCCGGACGACUGGCUCGCAGAGCAGCCCGGCUGGUCCGGCCUCCACAUCGACAAGCGCGGCGGCACCGACCCACGCCUCGGCCUCCUCGCCCGCGCCGCCAUUCGCGGCGCCUACAUCGCCCAGACCUGGGGCGCCGGCAUGGUCGCCUCGCCCCUCUCGGCCGCCCCUUCCGCCGCCGCGAGCGCGAGCCCGUUCGCCGUCUCGCGCAUGGGCGGCGACAUGAUCGGCGCCAAGCACGACGCCGCCGCCGUCGUCGCCUCGCAGGGGCGCCAGGUCGGCGACGGCGGCUGGCUCCUCGCCGAGCAGUACCUCGCGUACGCCCUCGAGCGCGCAGCCCGUCGCGGCAUCGCGCUCGACGACAGCAGCCUCGCCGGCGCCGCGUGGGAGCGCCACGUCGACCAGGGCGGCGUCGACCGCGCCGCCGUCGAGCUCGAGGAGCGCCUCGCCGGCGUCCGCGAGCGCAUCGGCGGCCGCGCCCGCCUCGAGGCCGCCCGCGACGGCUGGGACCGCAUCUACCUCGCCCUGAGCGCGAGCCCGACGACCGACCCGCACCCGGACCGCGCCGCCGACCGCGCGUGGGAGGCCCGCGAGACGCUCGUCGCGACCCGCAAGCUCGGCGAGCUGAGCGCCCGCAUCGCCGACCUGUGGCAACCGGGCACCGACGAGCGCCGGGUCGAGAACGACCGCGCGCAGGGCUACUUUGUCGGCGGCCUCGUGCCUGUGCUCGCGCGCGACGGUGGGCACAGCCUCGAGGGCGACGCGCUCGACCAGCUCGUGCCCGCCGGCGCGCCGACGAUCCGCGAGCAGGCCAACAAGCACGCCUCGCCGUUGUCGUCCUUCUUCGGCUUCUGGUCGCGCUCGCACCCGCCCUCGUCGCCCUCCUCGACCUCGACCUCGACUGCCGACCUGUCGCCCGAGCUCUCGCACCUCGUCGCCCUCCUCUCGCGCACCUCGCCCUCGCGCGCCCUCUCGUCCCCGACCGCGUCCGACGCGCCAUCCGCUCGCGUCCUCGACCGCCCAGCGCCGCAGCGCGCCCUCGUCGCGAGCCUCGUCUCGCUCGAGACGUUCCUUGCGCGCCGCAGGGACGGCGACGUCGACGGAGCGUCGUCGUCAUCGUCGUCCGCAGCGGCGCCGACCGACGCAGCGCUCGCGAGUGCCCAGGCGCUGCAGCGCGCCGCGCUCGAGUACGCGCGCGCCCUCUCGCCCGCUCCCGCACCCUCCCCUUCUCUACCCUCCUCCUCGAGCGCCGCCCUCGUCGCGCCUCCCGCCCCGCCACGCGACACGCACACGCCCCUCGAGCCCGCACACGUCUCGCGCAGCCUCUCGCAGGCGUACCUCUCGACGCGCGUCGCCGCCCUCGAGGCGCACCUCGCCGAGUGCUCCCUCGCGCGCUCGGCGCUCGGCGCCUCGUCGUCUCGCGGCGGCGGCCUCUUUGGCGGCGGUAGCAAGAACAAGCCGGCGGCGGCGCCCGCACCGGGACCGGCCGACCUCUCGCUCGCGCACGGGCUCGUGCGCUCGGCGCUCGCGCGCGCCGAGCUCGCCGCCGACCAGAGCGCGGGCCUGCUCGCCGUCCUCGAGACGGAGCGUGGCGGCCGGGCCAAGGACCUCGAGCGCGCGUUUGGCGAGAGCUUGAAGCGCGCGAGGAGGGACGCCGAGAAGGUGAGGGAGCUCGGGAGGGGAUUGGCCGCGUUUGUCGACGGGCAGCAGCGGCGGCAGCAGAGCGCAUGAGUGUGACGAUGAGACGAGCAGGGUGAGCGAGGGAGGGCAGGGUGUACAUAGCUUUGCGGGCGAGACGAGCUUUCGCGGUGGGAACGUGCACGAGACUCUGAACCCGAACCG